AUGCCACACACGCCGGACUUCAUCCCUGGGCAUAGCGAGACCAGUGCAGUGUCUUUAGCGGCGCUCUAUACGGAUGCUCUACAACCACUUGCAGAUCUUACCAUCCCGGCGACUGAUCAUGGCGUCGCCCAGAAUCCUGCGGCAGACCCCAGCAUUGAGCAUCCAGCAUUGAGCAUCAACAUGAGAGACUUGUGCUAUGGGCAUCCAACCUCGGAGCUACGCAUCUUGGACACGAUUCUUUGGGUUAUCGUCUUCGGCACGCUGAACUGCUGCGCAACACUAUUAAAGCCUUCUUGA